AUGGACCAGCUCGCGCAGGACGGCUUCACGAUGAAUGAGGUGAUCUACGUUUCGCUGAUUUCCAGUUCCAAUGCUGACUGGGUGAAGGCGCUGGGCACGGUUUAUGCCGUGCGAAGUGCGGAGCUGCGCCCGAACGUGGUUCUUCUCGGGUCCGCACUCACCUCUGGUGCGUCGGCCUGGGAGCGAACGCAGGAGCUCCUGAAACGCUCCCUCACCUGGACGCUGCCAGUGGACGAAGCCUGCUUUGAGGCAGUGAUGUUGGCCCAGGGCCGAGGCCGGCGUUGGGAGGCUGCUCUACAGAGCAAGGCGUCGUCUUCUGCCAACUUCAAGAAGAAGGUGCGGGCGGCGAACGCGCUGGCGGCCGUGUGCCGGUGGGGUGACAGGUGGGCGAUGUCCUUGGAGCAGAUCCGAGCGCUUAGCCUGCAGCGCUGCAGCCCCGACUCUAUGAGUUACAACACGGCCCUGGCUGCCUGCCAAACAGGCAGCUGCUGGGCACUCUCUGCCUACCUCCUGGAGCGGAUGAGGAACCUCUCCUUCAAGCUCGACGAAGCUGGCUGCAAUGCUGCCUCCAGCUCCUAUGCUGAAGGGGGCUGCUGGGAGGAGUCGCUUGACAUGCUGGCCUACCUGAGGCUGAGCCGGCUGGCACUGCAAGCCGCAAGCGGCUCGGCCUGUGCAACUGCGUGCGACCGUUCAUCGACAUGGAAAUGGGCGGUGUCCAUGGUCCACAGCCUCCAAAGUGAGUGCGUCACGGCUUCAACUCCAGUGAUCGACUCUGAGGUGCUCGCAGUCACGCUCAGGGCCAGUGAGGCCGGGGGCUCCAGCGGCCUGGUCCCCAGUUUGUGGUGUGGACCUGCCAUGGAACUUGGUGGGUCCUUGGGCCAGCAUUGUGGGAGUCUUGGUACUGGAAGCCGCAAGCUCGCACUUGGUCCCAAGCUUCGCCUUCGUGCAACUCGCCCACUGAACAUCUGCACCGUGGCCUCCUUGCCCCUGGUCAUCGCCACUCGGCGGCUCCCACUCCGCCUCCGCCGCGCUGCCGGCUCUUUGGCCUCCAUGGCGGGCGUGCCGCCGCUCCACGAAUCCAGUGCCGAGCUCCUGAAGCAGCAUGGAAUCUCCCUGACGGCCAUUGAGCCCAUGGGUGCCCGCGUUCGGGGUUUGGACCUCCGAGGGCCUGAGCCCACACCGGAGGUGCGGCGCGUGCUGGAGGAGGAGAUGGCGCGCCGCGGCUUCCUUGUUUUUGCAGACCAGGGCGUCCUCUCUGGGGAUGAGCAGGUGCGAGCCAGCGAGUUCUGGGGCGGCCGCAAGAUCCACAGCACCCAUGGGGUCCACCCGCAGGCGCCGAAUCGCCACAUCUUCCGCCUGAGCAACGACAGCUCUGUCGGGAUCGUCGGGGUUGGGCCACAGUGGCACAACGAUGGGUCGUUCGAGGUGGGAGUCUUCUCUCACGUAGGAUACCACAUCGUCCGCGUGCCCGAGCAGGGUGGCAACACGCAGUUCGUGCACCAGGGGGCUGCAUUCGAUGCCUUGCCGGCCGAGAAGCAGAGAUACUGGUCGCGGUUGGUGUCUGUGAAUGCCACCUCCGGAGUGUUACAUCCCAUGGUUCACGACCACCCCAUCUCUGGCCGUCGAUCUGUGUACCUCCAUCUCGGGAUGACCGGGGGCAUUCUGGAGAAGGCGGAAGGUCCCAACUCCUUUCGGCUCCUGGAAGAGGAGGAGAUUUCAGAUGUCUGCCGGACAUACAACGAGCUCCUGAACGCGGGCUUCCCCGAACGAGGUGGAAACUAUGGCAUCAGCUACCCAUAUCAAGAAGGAGAUUGCAUCUUCAUUGACAACUGGGCCAUUGCCCACAGGGCCACUCCGGAGGCACACGCGGACAAAGCGAAGCAGGGUCUGCGGAUCUUGCACCGCACGACCGUCCAAGCCUUCCGGCCGUUUUCCCCACCGUUUGGUCUCCCCGACGUCGUUACCCAGGAGCUUCUCGAGGCUGCCGACACCUCGGGCGCGGGUGUCUUCGUCCCUGGCGGACUUGGGUUCCGCUGGGAUCCGACGAUCCGCAUGCAGAACUGA